AUGUUUGUAACGAAUAUAGGGUUUGCUUUACCCACAGUGUCUCUGCGGGGGGCCACGGUCGCCAUCACGGGCUGCAGUACCGGUAUCGGGGAACAGAUGGCGUACCAGUACGCUCGACUGGGGGCAAAGAUCCUCAUCACAGCUAGGAGGGAGAACAGGCUGAAAGAGGUCGUAGCAAAAGCGAUGUCUCUGGGAGCCCAGGAGGCGCACUACGUGGCCGGGGACAUGGGGAAGGCGGAGGACUGUGAGAGAACCAUUCAAACAGCCAAGGACAAAUUUGGUCAUCUGGACUACUUGGUGCUGAACCAUGUUGGAUCCAAUCUCGGAUCUGUGCAUAAGAAAAUUUUGAUGGGUAGAUCUUGGGACCAGGACCCUGAUGUAGACUUCUUCGUGGACUACUUGAACGUGAACUUGGUCAGUUACGUCCGGCUGACCUCCCUGGCCUUGCCGCUGUUGAAGGAGAGUAGCGGACACAUCGUGGUGAUCUCUUCUAUUUUGGGAAAGGUGCCGUGGCCAAACGACGGCUUCCACUGUACUAACAACUUCGCGUUGGACGGAUUCUUCAGCUCCCUCCGUGUGGAACUGAUGAAAGCUCAACACGAAGUGUCCGUCACCUUCGCCGUUCUGGGAUUAAUCUGGACACCGAGAAUUGCGGAAACAUUUCAGGUAGGAUGA